ACGAUAGUACGCAGACGCGGCGGCCAUCUUGUUUGACAGGCAAUGGCGGGAUACACUCUGUGGUACAUUUGCAAAACAUCGCAUCAAAAAUAUUGUAAAUAAUCAUUGAAAAUGAGCCCCGAAAGAGAAGUACAAGAGUCCGACGACAUGUUGGAAUCGAUAGAUGAAUUAAAAGAGAGAUUGACUUCAAUGAAAAAGAUGAUGGAAGAAAGAAAAGCGACGGGAUCCGGUACUAAAGACCUAUUUCAAGGUCACGCGCGUAGUCUCCAAGGAACCACAAUGAUAGACGGGAACUUCCUCUCUUUCGUCUUCGGUGGCUCCCUCUUUGUUAUUCUUAGUGUAUCUGUUUACGCUUUCUACAACCUCUAUCACGCAGUUCUAAAGAAAUUCCCAUCGUCACAUACGGAGUUGUAAAUUGAACUUUAAAUUGAAAAUUAUAGAGUCGGUAUUGUAAUGUUCGGUGAUAUUAAAUUAUGUUGUAAAUGCUAGUUGUUGGCGAAUGAUAAAUA